AUGUCCACCGGACUCUCGCUCUCGCGCGCCCUGCCGAAGCCCAAGUACACCGGCGAGGAUGAGGACCUCCCCGCCCACGCACAGCCGCGCGGCCCGCGCGUCGUGGGCGCUUCCGAAAUCGACCAGACCCAAGUCGUGCUGAAGAAAGCCGGCCCGCCCCCAUACGGCCAGCGCGCAGGAUGGCGGCCUCGCUCGCAGGAGGACUAUGGAGAUGGAGGCGCGUUCCCCGAAGUUCCCGUGGCACAGUACCCGUUGGACAUGGGCAGGAAAAGCACAUCGAGCUCCAACGCGCUCGCAAUCCAGGUCGAUUCGGAGGGCAAGGUCAAAUACGACGCCAUCGCAAAGCGGGGACAUGGCGAGAACCGCAUUGUGCAUGCUUCGUUCAAAGACCUCAUCCCGCUACGCCAGCGUGCGGACAUCGGCGAAAUUUCUCUGGACCGUCCGUCUGAGGAUCAAAUCGCUGAGACGAAAAAGAAGACCGAAGAGGCUUUGGCAAAGCUGGUGUCAGGUGCUGUUGCAGCGCAAAAACCCAAGACUGUUGCAGGUACCUCGCGAAAGGCGCCAACCUACGUGCGGUACACACCGGCAAAUCAGAUGGGAGACAACAGCAAGAAACAGGACAGGAUCAUGAAGAUCGUGGACAGACAGGUCGACCCGAUGGAGCCGCCCAAGUUUAAGCAUAAGAAGAUCCCCCGUGGACCACCGAGCCCACCGGCACCCGUCAUGCACUCCCCACCUCGCAAGUUGACGGCUGAAGACCAGGAAGCUUGGAAGAUCCCUCCGCCGGUUUCCAAUUGGAAGAACCCAAAGGGUUAUACUGUGCCUUUGGACAAGCGGUUGGCAGCCGAUGGCCGUGGUCUGCAGGAUGUCACCAUCAACGACAAGUUCGCACAGUUCGCCGAGGCUCUGUUCACCGCGGAUAGACAUGCAAGAGAAGAGGUCAAGCAACGUGCCCUCAUGCAGCAGAAGUUGGCCGAGAAGGAAAAGCUGCAGAAGGAGGAGCAUUUGCGCUCACUGGCGAUGAAAGCACGCGAGCAAGCUGGAGGCAGCGCCAGGAGAGGUUCACGAGACGCUCGUUCUCGCUCCAGGAGCAGAAGCCCCUCCGAAUACUCGUCGAUGUCUGAAAGUGACGGAGACGAAGCUGUCAGGGAAAGAGAAGAGAUGCGCAAAGAGCGUCGUAGGGAGGCCGAGAAGCAGUUGCGGCAAUCACGCAUGGGAACUGAGCGAAGGAUUCAAAUGAUGGCGAGAGAACAGAACCGUGAUAUCUCUGAAAAGGUUGCACUUGGCAUCGCAAAGCCAAGUGCGUCAGGGGAGAGCAUGUACGAUUCGCGGCUGUUCAAUCAGACGAGCGGAUUCGAUACCGGAUUCAACGAAGACCAACCUUACGACAAGCCCCUUUUCGCAGCGCAAGACGCUCUUCACAGCAUUUACCGACCGAAGCUUAACCAUGAAGAUGAAGAAGACACUGGUGAGACUCUGGACAAAAUCCAGAAGUCUAGCAGAUUCGAGGUGCUCGGCAAAGCCAAGGAGGGCUUCAAGGGCGCGGACACUGCCGAGCAGCGCGAAGGACCUGUUCAGUUCGAGAAGGACACCGACGACCCCUUCAACAUCAAUCAGAUGAUCUCGGAAGCUACCAAGGGUGCUGCAGGAAGCAGCAAGAGAUAUGGCACGGACGAGCCCGACGGCCGGUCUUCGAAGCGCGCCAGGGUUGAAGACGAUGACUGA